ACUGAUAUGAAUCAUAACAUCAAUCAUCAUCAUCAUCAUCAUCAUCAUCAUCAUCAUUAUUAUUAUUAUUAUUAUUAUUAUUAUCAAUUAAUAAUUAUUGCUUCCGAGUUUGACUGUUGUCCUAUUUGUAAGUUGCAUUUCUCUCAUGGCGCUUCUGUCUCGUUUAGGCAUUCUGACGUUAUGUUUCGUCUUGAGUGUAAACCUAUGUACGCUCACGGCUUUUCCAGCUGAUUUGUGCAGAAUGGAGGCGAUACUAAAACGUGUGAAACAUGAGAUCCAGAAAUUACAAUCAGGCUUAAAUAUUCAUGUUAACCACAACGGUGAGAUCAUCCGUCACCUCAUGAUCAACAAGUCCCUGCCAAUCCCCCAGCAGUACAAGUCAGCUGCAUGUGGCCUCAGCUACAUGGAAAAAGCCUUGGAAGAGAUUCAAAAGCACCAGAAACUGAAUAAUAGUGAACAAAUCCAAAAGUUAUUUGAAGACGUUAUUAACAGAUUGAAAACGCACCUCCCGGUUUAUGCACGUCACACCUUGGGUAAAUGUGACAAUCCUCCACAGCUCAGCUGGCCUGAAAGUAUCUUCAAAGCCAAGCAGUGGACCUGGAAUUUCCUGGACUCAUCAGAGAAAUUCCUGCGACAUCUAAUCCACUUGCUGGAAUGUCGUGAAGAAAAUCCGUGACCAGGAUGUUUUUAUUUAUAUUUUGUUAUUUAAUAUUCGUACUAUUUCUAAAAGUGUAUUUAUAUGGAAAUACUAUUUAUUUGUUUUUAGUAUUUAUUUAACGAAAUUAUUUAACCAUUCUUUCUAUUCUAUUUUUGUAUCACUAUUUAAAGAUAACUGUUUUAGUAGGCAUGUACACGCGGUACAAUUUAAAUAAUUAAGAAACAAACAUCCUAAAAGUUUCCUGCAGUAGUUAAAAAGCACGCUAGUCAGUAAAAUAGACAUUUUCAUUAUUCAGACUGAAGAAAUUUGUGAAUUUUGCAGUAUUAAAAUUCCAUGCGCUUGCGUGUCGUUUAAUUCAAAUGAAUUCUCAGUAAUGAUUUGUAAAUUUUUGAUGCUUUCUUUUCUCUUUUCUUUUGAAAAUGUCAACUGCUGGGCACAACAUACUUCCUAAAAUUGACCUUCUAGCCCAGAUUCAAAACCUAGUCAAUCCCCUAUUUGUGUGUAAAUAGAUUUGUUUUUAUUAUUAAAAUUUGAUAUUUAAAAAAAAAUAUCUAUUCAAUUUGCAUUUAUUCACAUUUAGCCACACGGGUCACUGUAUAGAUAAAUAUAUAUUUUAUAAUUCAAUUCUAUGAACGAUUAUGAGUAAAUUUGGGUUCAACUAUAAGCAGCAGUCAUUAGAGAAGCAGGUGCAC